AUGCAGCUGGUAGCCAGGAUCAUAGCUGUUCUGCUGUUGGUCUGGAGCAUGAGAGCAUCCACGCUGCCCGGGGAGGAUAAGUUUUCUCUACAGAGCAGCAGGGAGCAAACCAAAGCCCGAAAAGGUCUGAUCCUGAAAAUGCUGGCCGAUCUACUGGACGGGAUGGAUGUGGACCGUGACACAGCCGCUUCCUCCAACUCGGAAAAUCUGCUCGAAGGCAAACUGGAAGAAGAGCCCUCGGUGUUGGAGAGGUUAUCCCAGCUCACCCAGAGGGAUCGCAAAGCCCCCUGUAAAAACUUCUUCUGGAAAACAUUCACCGCUUGCUAACACCUCCACCAGUGAGCUGUUCCCCGGCCCUCCACCCCUCCUCUUUGCCUCUGGAUCUGGGGGGGGGAGCUCCAACUCAUCUCCCACAAUGUAGGGUUGCCAACUGGAGGAGGGGGAAUUCAUAGGCAUGACCUGCUCCUGUCCCUUUAACAGAGGUUUGAUUUGCAUAUCCUCUUCCCUCCCGUCUCUUUUUCCUUUUGUGCCAUGUCUUUAAUUGUAAGCCUGAGA